UCGCGGAGCGCCGCUGUAGAGCUGCUCGUGUGCCGGUGGAAAGAGCUGGAGCCGAGCGGCCAAAGACGGACACGGCCAUUUGAAGUGCUCAGUCAGCUACGAUACAAACAGGGUCUCAACAUUUCAUACCUUUCCAUUAAGACUGAAUGAAAGACUGAACUUGGCCUCUUCUCAGCCAGCCUCCGAGAAGUUCCUGAAGUGUAUCGUAAUGCUAUUUAAGCAGCAUUUAAUGGAGGGAAUCGAUUUUGAUGGUGUAUAACAAUAACAUUGAGCUGUUAUACUUAAAGAAAAGGUCCCUGGGGACUUUGGAGGCCAUUUGCAUGGGCAGGUGAAGCCAAGAGGACUUUGGCUGAAGAAAGCUCUCACCACAGUUAUGGACCAUGGUUGUUUAAGAAGCUAAUGAAGAGCGUCAUUAUGGACUUACAAAUCAUGCUGUGGAGACUUAAGCCCAGAACUGCCUGAACACAAUCACUCCUUGGGUGUCCCCCGCCCCCCCCACCUUUUUGUUUUAGAAGAAUCCCCAUCGUUCGUGGUAUUAGUUUGGAGAUGGGUCCGUUUAUGUCUCCCUUCGAUAACCUGCUGUGCAUGCUCCUGGGCAUCUCCUUCACUGUUUGGUUCACUCUGCUGCUGGUCUUCAUCAUCGUGCCGGCCGUGUUCGGCGUGUCCUUCGGCAUCCGCAGGCUUUACAUGAAGUCCCUGCUCAAGGUGUUUGAGUGGGCCACGUUGCGGAUUGAGAGAGGAGCCAAGGAGAAGAAUCAUCACCUGUAUAAACCCUAUGCUAAUGGUAUCAUAGCCAAAGAGCCCACCUCUCUGGAAGAGGAGCUGAAAGAGAUCCGCCGCAGCGGCAGCAACCGGGACCUGAGUGGCUCCUCCUCCACAUCCACAGGCCCCGCUCCUUCGUCCUCAGAAUUCGCCAUGUCGGACAUCUUCUACUUCUGCCGGCGCGGUGUGGAGAGCAUCGUGGAUGAUGAGGUGACCAAGCGUUUCACAGCCGAGGAGCUAGAAUCAUGGAACCUGCUGACGCGCAGCAACUACAACGUCCAGCACAUCAGCACACGGCUCACUGUGCUGUGGGGGCUGGGGGUGGUCAUCCGCUACUGUUUCCUCCUCCCUCUCAGGUUGACGCUAGCCAUCACUGGGGUGACACUAUUGGUUGUCUUCACCACCAUAAUUGGAUUUCUGCCCAAUGGGAGGUUGAAGAAUUUUCUCAGUGAGAAAGUGCAUUUGAUGUGUUACCGCAUUUGUGUGAGAGCCCUUACUGCCAUCAUCACUUAUCAUCACAGUGAAAACAAGCCUAAGAAUGGAGGAAUCUGUGUUGCCAACCACACGUCUCCCAUCGAUGUCAUCAUACUAGCCAGUGACGGCUGCUAUGCAAUGGUCGGACAGAUCCAUGGAGGUCUGAUGGGGGUUAUCCAGAGGUCAAUGGUAAAAGCAUGUCCACAUAUCUGGUUCGAACGCUCUGAAGUCAAAGAUCGCCAUCUGGUGGCCAAAAGACUGAGCGAUCAUGUAGAGGACAAAAGCAAACUGCCGAUCCUCAUCUUUCCUGAGGGUACCUGCAUCAACAACACAUCUGUCAUGAUGUUUAAGAAGGGAAGCUUUGAAAUUGCCUCCACCAUCUACCCUGUGGCCAUCAAGUAUGACCCUCGCUUUGGAGAUGCUUUCUGGAACAGCAGUAAGUUCGGCAUGGUGAAUUACCUCCUCCACAUGAUGAGCAGUUGGGCCAUCGUGUGCAGUGUGUGGUACCUGCCCCCAAUGAACCGACAGGAAGGGGAGGACGCUGUGCAGUUUGCUAACAGGGUGAAGGCGGCCAUCGCCAGACAGGGCGGCCUGGUGGACCUGCUGUGGGACGGUGGUUUAAAACGGAGCAAAGUGAAAGAAACCUUCAAAGAAGAGCAACAGAAACUGUACAGCAGGAUUUUGGUGGGAACUCACGAAGACCGCAGUCGAUCCUGAGGACCUCCGAGGCGAAGGGCGAGCGAGAGGAAAACGCACUUCAUCAGAAAAACCGAAAACAUCAGCAGGAUUGCGCAGCCAGCCGACUCUUCAAAGGUCUCAUUUCCGUUGUCACGACUGAAAAAGGACUUGCUUUUCAUUCAGGUCCUGCUUUUAUCGUCAUACUCCAAUUAUUACCUCUCAUUCACUAAUCAGAAGAAAAUCCUGGCAUAAUUCGAUAACCUCAUCGGUUUGUAAGGGUUCCAUGACUGUUUCCACCUCUGAGACAAACAGGUCGCUAUCAACCCUGUCAGGAUGCUUCGGGCUGGUCGGUCAAUUCGACAACAGAACUGUUGCUUGGCAACCGUGAUGUACUGGGGUUUUUUGUCUGAACAGCGUAUUUGUUACAUUUACUUUUUUUUACAUUUACACUCUAUUUAUUAUAGUCAUCAUGUAGUCUUACUGUUCUCACUACUGUCUUUGCUAUUAUGUGAAAGGAAGAUUAAGCAUAAAAGAGAUGAUUAUGGGAAAAUUCCACAGGCAUGAAAUAUAAAUGUGUCUUCACAUAUAUUUGUUGUCAACUUUAGCUAAUGGGACUUAGCUAGUACCUUUCAUUAGGGCUGCAUGAUAUGGACAAAAUACCAUA